GUAUCUUGAAAAGAUAGACGAGUUUUGUCAAAUAUUUCUGAAAAAGCAAGGAAGAAUCUAAAGCAGUUUCAGGAUGUCAAGUUUCAGUUCGGAACUCCGGGAAGAAGGAGAUGAUCGACAGUUAUCAGAAGUAGAAAAUAAAGUUGAGAGUUUAGAGGACUGUUCAGCUAACAUAGAUAUUCAUGAUCCGAAGUCUGAGGAUUGCCAAGAUAAUACAGAAGAGUGCCAAGGUCCUUCGACAUCACCGGGCUUGGAAACUAACCCUCCAAUAUCAGAAAAGUUAUCUGAAUCUUUUGGUUUGUCCGAUGACGAAUCAAGUGCAUAUCCGGAAACUUCAACCUCAGAAGGCUCAGACGACGAUUCUCCUCUGAGGGUAAUGCCGUAUGUCCUUAAAUAUGGUCGAAUGGAAGAAUGCCAGGAUAGAGUCGCUUUGGGUCCCAACGGUACGACGAUCCCAGCAAAAGCUUUCUCCGAAUUGCAGUGGUCCCCUCUGAGAAAAAUAGCAUUUGACUUAUUGAAGCUUGUCUUCGGUAGGGACACUCUUGCGACUCAUUCUCUAAGUGGAAGAAAAUGGCCACCGUUUAGAUCAUAUGAUAAUCGGGAUAAGAAACAAUUAGAUCCAAGGAAAAUUGAAGAUAUUAUUCAUGCAGUGAAGAGUCUUGGAGGUUAUUUAGAACCAUAUAUUCGGGGAAGUAUGACGUUGCUAUGUAUAGAGGCAGCUGCAAGAAAAAAAAGGCAGAAAAAACGCGUACUCGUAGUGGGUGGUAAAGUAAUGAAAUUUUAAUGAUAGAUAGAAAUUAUGUAUAGUAUAGCGAUAGUUUGAAAGGUUGUGAUGUUUUCUAAAGUUUUUAUACUAAAUAAUAUAAUUUAGUUUGUAAGUUUUUAGUAAUUAAAUAAACAUAGGCUAAGAUAAAUGGAA